AUGGUGCAAAGAGGAAGAUCUAUGGACACUUCUACGGCCACAAGUAUCCCACCAAGACGCCAGUUUACAACAAGUUCUCGUACUAAGAGUACUGCAAGUUUCAAAGGAUUGCGAAAAGUAUUGACCCAUGAAAGUUCGACUCUUAUGGAUUCUCACAGGGCAAAAUCAAUGGAUACUCUCGUAAUGAGGAAACUGAACAUGAGUGGGUUGAACAUGACUUCUCUGGCCAAGGUGAAAUCUAAUCCUAAUACCACUCAUAGCAUUCUCAGUCCAAAAUUGAAGCCUCGAAGAACAAAGAGUACGCAUUCUGUGGUCAGUUUGAGAGAUAGUAAUGAUCAUGGUGACCUUUACAAGUCUGACAGCUCGACUGAUGAAGAGGUGGAAUAUUUCACGGAGGAUGAAGAUAUUCAAAAGGAGGAACCAGAACAAAAAGGUGAAGGGAAGCAAGUUGCAAGUCAGAAUAAAAGCGUAGAACCACUGAGUUACAAGCCUCCUUCAGAACUAAUAUCGCAUGAUGCAGAAAAUGGUGACAGAAGUACUACUCAGAUCGAUCAGACAGUUGGGCAUGAACAAGAAGACGAUAAGAUAAAUCACUCAAACAUAAUGCACGAUGAUAGUCCGCAUAAGUUAACGAGACAGGACAAUAAUCGAAUUAGUGCCACUGUAGCAAGUAAUAUCUCAAAUGGCAGUGAUCAGUACAUCCCUGAUGUAAUAUUAUCUCAAUCCACUGGGAUCGAAAAGAAAUUUGAAAAUCCAUCAUCUAUUCAAAAUUCUUUAUCGAACGAAUUGCACACCAAUAAUAAGAAGACUCAGAGUAGUUACAAUCCUGUGGAAUUAAAUAAUGAACCUGCUGGCAGUACUGAUAAGAGUAACAAAAAUAAAGGUACAGUCUUCUCAAAGUCUCAUUCAAGCUUAAGCAACUUUCUACAAAAGAACAACUUGCACCAAUCAACGAAUCACAAUGUUGCGCCAAAGGAAACAAACAUCUCUAACACAUCACAUUUAAAUAGCUUAUUUCAUAGUAGGAAAGCUUUUGAUUCAAGGGCUAGUAGAGCGCAAGGGGACAUUAAUAAUUUUACAACAUUUUUGAAAAGUAACAAUAAUAACAUAGUUAGUGAUGAUAGAGACUCAAGGACACAGAAAAAGUUGUGGUUACAGAGAGAAAACUCCUUAUUGGAUUUAAAUCUCAGUAACGAUUAUGAUCUUAUCAGUAAUACUAGCAUCGAGUCUAAAAGAAUAUUCGAAAAAAUAUCGCAUGAAUACACAAAUGUUAGAAGGUUCUACAAUCCUAUAGAGAGUUCUUUGCUACGGUUCAACAAAUCUGAAGGAAACCACAUACAGCCAAGUUCAUUUAGUAGUUCUGCGUUCAAAAUAAAGGAGUUUCUUCCGACUAACAACAGCAAGAAUAAUUUACAGAGAGUUCUUUCUUCGAUAUGGAAAAAUGAAUUAGAUGCCUUCAAUAUGGACUUAGCAAGACAACCACAACAACAGCAACAGCAAUCACAGCAGCAACAGCAGCAGCAAGCGCAACAGCAACAACGACAGGAACAGCAGCAACAGCAACAAAGACAUCAAUCAAAAUUUGGUAAACCCAAUUCCUCUAUACAACCAACCACUAGAGCUGUUAACAAACGUUUUGAAAACCAAAGAUAA